AUCCAUGUGGCUACUACGACUCGUGCUCAUCGCAGCGACGACGCACGCUGCGGCGUUGCCGCAGAUCCUGCCGUCGUCCACGAGCUUUCCUUACAUCGCCGUGCCUCCCGGCUCGAGCACCUCCAGCGGCAGCAGCAGCACGACAACGACAGCGACGCGCACGUCGAGCGCGACGGCGGCGCGCAGCGCAACGUCCUCUUCCUCCGCAUCGUCGGGGUGCGGCUCGGGCUGUCGUGCGUGGAACGGCUUCUGGGCCUUCUUCGUCAAGAGCUGGUACUGGUUCAUCCCGUGCAUCGGCGUCUUCUUCGUGCUCGUGUGGAUCUUGUUCACGUGCCUCCCGUGCACCAACUAUGCCAAGUAUCGCCGCCACCUGGCGCGCGAGCGGCGCAUCAUGAGCAGCAAGAGCUAUGGCGGGCCGGUCGACUGGUUCGUCGACUGGGUCAAGAGCCUGCACGCCGUGCGCAAGAAGAAGCACAAGAACCUCAACACGGAGCACGACGUGCGCGAUGUCCCUCUGCUCGGCGGCGUGCGCGCGCCCGAAGGCCAGGGGUACUGGAUGCCCGAUGCGAGCUGGCAGGCGCCGGUCGCGUACCCUUCCGCAACGGCGCCGGCGGCCUAUCCUUCCACGACGGUCGGCAGCUUGAGCGGCGUGCACACGGCAUACCCCGCCAUCUCGCCAUCACCUCUACCGCCUUCCCCGUCGCCUUCUCCUUCGCCCGCACCGCCUGUGCCGCCGCCCCCGCGGCUUGCGCGCCGGCCGUCAGAGGCCGUGAGCGAGCAGCUGCCGGGGUACGAGGAGGUGCCGGCGAAUCUGAGGGCAUAA